ACGAGUAACACACAUGCACAUGGCGUCCUAUGAUGCUACCGCUGCCGCUCCAGAGAUGGUACCUGUGUUUCAGCCCACUGUGUGGGGUGACUUCUUCAUCAACUACGAUCCAGAACCACUACAGAUGUCAGACGAAGGGAUGAUAGACAGGUCCAAUGAACUGAAGGAGAAGAUAACUGGGCUAUUUGAGGGCAGUUCCAUAGUUGAGCAACUCAACCUUGUAGACACACUCCAGCAUCUCAGUAUAGAUCAUCAUUUUCAUGAACAGAUUCUCUCCACACUACGAAGCACUCAUGCUGGUGAAUUCAAUAGCUCCAGUAUCCAUGAUGUCGCUCUGCGAUUCCGCCUACUCAGGCAGCAAGGGCUUUGGGUGUCCCCAGAUGUGUUCAGCAAGUUCAAAGACGAAAACGGGACCUUCCAUGCUAACAUAGCUAAUGACCCAAGGGGACUAUUAAGUUUAUACAACGCAUCAUACCUUUUUACUCACGGGGAGACAGAGCUUGAAGACAACAUCUUGUUCGCAAGGCAACAUCUUGAAUCAAUGGAAGGUAAGCUUGAUUACACAUUGGCUGAGCAAGUCAGGCGUGCUCUUCACUUACCACUGCCAAGGACCUUGAAGAGAGUAGAGGCGCUGCAUUAUAUAUCAGAGUACAAAGAAGAGCCUAUGCACAACUCCUCCAUUCUGGAGUUCGCCAAACUCGAUUUUAACCUUCUGCAGCGUCUCCACUUGAAGGAGCUCAAGGCUCUCUCUAGAUGGUGGAAAAAUCUUUAUAGAGAAGUGGGGCUAAACUACUCGCGGGAUCGUGUUGUUGAGUGCUACUUAUGGUCAUAUACGGCAUACUACGAACAAGAGUAUACGCGUGCAAGAAUUAUUCUUGCCAAGAUUAUCGCAAUAAUAAUCAUGACAGAUGACACUUAUGAUGUGCGUGCUACUUUGGUCGAGUGUAGACAACUCAAUGAAGCUAUACAAAGAUGGGAUGAGAGUGCUGUUUCUCUUCUACCAGAGUAUUUACAGAAGUUCUACCUCAAGCUGAUGAGCACAUUUAAGGAGUUUGAGGACGAAUUGAAACCAGAUGAGAAGUACCGUGUCUCUUUUAGCACGAAAGCGUUUCAAAUAUUAUCAAGCAACUAUCUCCAAGAAGCCGAAUGGUUUCAUCAAAAUUACAAGCCAAGAUUUAAUGAUCAAGUGAAUGUAUCUAGUAUGUGCUCAGGCGGACCAUGGGUAUGUGUUGGGUUGCUAGUUGGUAUGGGUGAUACUGUAACCAGGGAGGCACUUGAAUGGGCCCUCGGUUGCACGGAUGCUGUCAGGGCUUGUGCAGAGGUGACACGUUUCAUGAAUGACCUUGCUUCAUUUAAGCGUGGGAAGAACAAAAAUGAUGUGGCCAGCUCUGUGGAAUGCUACAUCAGUGAGCAUGGCGUGCCAAGUGAGGUUGCCAUUGCCAAGAUUGGUUCUCUGAUUGAAGAUGCAUGGAAGACUACUAACCAAGCACGCUUUGAGCUCCCAGAGCUGCUUCCGGCGGUGCAGCGAGUCGCAAAUAUAACGAUCAGCAUGCCGUUCAUGUACGAUGAUAAGACAGAUGCUUUUACGUUCAGUAGCCGUCUUGAGGGGACAAUUAAGCGACUGUUUGUCAAUCCUAUUGAGCUCUAGACAAUGGUGAUGUGGUGCAUGUCUUUUGAUGGUAUCAUUCACCAGAAGAAGCACCAGCUACCUAAUGAUAGUAUAAGUGGUAUCAAAACACUCCCAAUCUGUUGCACCUAGGCUUGACCACUUGAUCAUUAUUCACACGAACAACUAUGAUGAACAGAAUAAGGCUUGCAUUAUUUUGUUACUUGGAAUGUAACA